AUGAAACUAAAGCUCAUUAAAUCCAUUACCAACCCAGUUUGUGGUACCAUCUUUGAUGUCUCAAAAGCCACCAUCACUAUACUCUGUAAUGGGCUGGAGGGUCGCUAUGUGAGUGUGGUUAUACCUGGACGGGAAGAAUAUCUCACACUCUGUGAAGUGGAGGUCUAUGGGAGGGAAUCCAACAAUGUAAAAGCAGUGAAUGUGGCACGGCUUGGAGACGUCAGACAAAGCUCCACAUACGAACCUCAUUACAGUGCUGAAACAGCUAUUGAUGGAAUUAUAGAGACUGAUAUCUCAAUACACCCCUGUACCCACACCUUUGAGGACAAUCCAGCUUGGUGGCGGCUGGACCUGAAGAAGGUCUACAAGAUCGAGACAGUGCUCCUAGUGAACAGGAGGGACUGCUGCAGUGAGAGACUGUUGGGAGCUGAGAUUCGGGUUGGAAAUUCCGCAGAUAAUGACAACCCAGUAUGUGGGGCCAUCACUAAUGUCACCCAAGCCACCAUUUCUCUGUCCUGUGACUGGUUAUUGGGACGUUACGUCAGUGUGGUGAUACCCGGGAGAGCAGAAUAUCUCACACUUUGUGAAGUAGAGGUUUUUGGGGAAGAGGCUAACAAUGUAACAGCAGUGAAUGUGGCACGGCUUGGAGACGUCAGACAAAGUUCCACUUAUGAGCCUCAUUACAGCGCUGAAACAGCUAUUGAUGGAAUUAUAGAGACAGAUAUCUCAAUACAUCCCUGUACCCACACCUUUGAUGACAAUCCAGCUUGGUGGCGACUGGACCUGAAGAAGGUCUACAAGGUUGAUUCUGUGGUCAUUGUUAACAGGAGGGACUGUUGCAGUGAGCGCCUGUUGGAAGCUGAGAUUCGCGUUGGAAAUUCCGCAGAUAAUGACAACCCAGUCUGCGGCAACAUCACCAACAUCUCCCAAGCCACCAUCACUCUACACUGUAAUGGGACGGAGGGUCGCUAUGUGAGUGUGGUGAUUCCUGGGAGGGCAGAAUAUCUCACACUCUGCGAAGUGGAGGUCUAUGGGGAGGAAUCUAACAAUUCCAUAGCAGUGAAUGUGGCACGACUUGGAGACGUCAGACAAAGCUCCACUUAUGAGCCUCAUUACAGCGCUGAAACAGCUAUUGAUGGAAUUAUAGAGACAGAUAUCUCAAUACAUCCCUGUACCCACACGUUUGAGGACAAUCCAGCUUGGUGGCGGCUGGACCUGAAGAAGGUCUACAAGGUUGAUUCUGUAGUCAUAGUGAACAGGAGGGACUGUUGCAGUGAGAGACUGUUGGAAGCUGAGAUUCGGGUUGGGGAUUCAGCAGAUAAUAACAACCCAGUAUGUGACACCAUAAAAGUUGGCUCCCAAGGCACCAUUACUCUAUGCUGUGAGGGACUGGAGGGUCGCUAUGUGAGUGUGGUUAUUCCUGGGCGGGAAGAAAAUCUCAGUCUCUGUGAAGUGGAGGUUUAUGGGCAAGAAGCUAAAGCUGUUGAAGUGAAUCUGGCCAGAUUGGGAGAUGUCAAACAGAGCUCAACGUACAGACCCGAGUACAAUGCCGCCACCGCUGUCGAUGGGAAUAAGAACUCAAAUAUGAUGCUGGGUUCAUGUUCCCACACCAAUAGUGACAACCCGGCUUGGUGGCAGCUGGACCUGAAGAAGAGGUACCAAGUGGAGAAAGUGGUGAUAGUGAACAGGGGAGACUGCUGCGGUGAGCGCCUGAGAGGAGCCGAGGUCCGCGUUGGGAAUUCCGCAGAUAAUAACAACCCAGUAUGUGGUGCCAUAACCGAUGCCUCCCAAGCCACCAUCACUCUGCCCUGUAAGGGAAUGAAGGGUCGCUAUGUGAGUGUGGUUAUUCCUGGGCGCAACGAAUAUCUCACCCUCUGUGAAGUGGAGGUUUAUGGGCAAGAAGCGAAACCUGAUGCAGUAGUGAACUUGGCAAAAUCGGGACGCGCCAGGCAGAGUUCCACCUACAGACCAGAGUACAACGCUGCAGCGGCUAUUGAUGGUGAUAAGGGGACCAAUAUCUUCCAGCACCCCUGUUCCCACACUAAUCCUGACAACCCGGCUUGGUGGCAACUGGACCUGACUAAGAAGUACAACAUUGAGUCCGUGGUGAUAGUGAACAGAGGAGACUGUUGCAGCGAGCGUCUGCGAGGAGCCGAGAUUCGCGUUGGAAUCUUUCCCUUCAUCAACAGCCCUGUAUGUGACACCGUCACCGACGUCUCUAAACCGACCAUCACCCUGAACUGUAAUGGGAUGGUGGGGCAAUAUAUCAGCGUGGUUAUACCCGGGAGGCAAGAAUAUCUCACCCUGUGUGAAGUGGAGGUUUAUGGGCAGGAAAUCUGUCUCUUCUUUAUUAGGAUGAAGUGCAUUGUGGUCCUGCUGGUUGGCAUCUCCAUGGGAUGGGUCCAUUCCUGCAGCCCCCCGCCCGGAGCCAAUAACCUGGCACAGUCCGGGGACGUCAAGCAAAGCUCCACGUUUGGGGCUCAGUACACGGCUCAAAAGGCGGUUGACGGCAACAAAGACACCAACAUGUUCCAAAACUCAUGUUCCCACACUAAUAACGACAAGCCUUCCUGGUGGCAACUGGACCUGAAGAAGAACUACAACAUCGACACCAUCGUCAUCGCGAACAGAGGCGACUGUUGCGCCGAGCGGCUGCUACGAGCCGAGAUCCGCGUCGGAAAUUCCCCAGAUAAUAACAACCCAGUAUGUGCCACCAUCACCGACGUCUCAAAACUCACCUUCCCCGUGUGCUGUAACGGGAUGGAGGGUCGCUAUGUGAGUGUCGUCAUUUCCGACCGAGCAGAAUAUUUGCAGCUCUGUGAAGUGGAGGUUUAUGGGCAAGAAGCUAAACCUGCUGACGUGAAUCUGGCCCGACUGGGAGAGGCCUCUCAGAGCUCAACCUUCAGUCCCAAGUACAACGCCGCCGCCGCUAUUGAUGGGAAUAAAGACACAAAUAUGAUGGCGGGCUCAUGUUCCCACACCAAUAGUGACAACCCGGCUUGGUGGCAGCUGGACCUGAAGAAGAGGUACCAAGUGGAGAAAGUGGUGAUAGUGAACAGAGGAGACUGCUGCGGCGAACGCUUGCGAGGAGCCGAGAUCCGCGUUGGAGAUUCCCCGGAUAAUAACAACCCAGUAUGCGCCACCGUCACAGACGUCUCCCAACUGACCCUCACCCUAUCCUGUAAGGGAAUACCGGGCCGCUAUGUGAGUGUGGUUAUCCCGGGGAGAGCAGAAUAUCUCCAGCUCUGCGAAGUGGAGGUUUAUGGGAAGGAGGCUGAAUCUGACGGAGUGAAGCUUUGUUGGUAGUCACAUGGUAUUUAGUAGUGGCCCCCCAACAUACGGUGGGGAAGCAAGAGAAGCCGGUGUAUUAGCCCCAAAUGCUGUUAAAACAAAUAAACAAUUAGAGUUGUGUUUAA